UGGGGGUGGAGCGUUUGGGAUGUUUCGGAGGCUAGCAGAUCGUUCUUUUCUGUCUCUCAAGUAUUAGUAGGGCAGUCUAUGCACGUAUCGGGGACGAGCUAAUCAUGUAGUGAAUACAAGACAUUUUGCCCAUAUGUACACUCUUCUUGUAUGCCGUUCUUGAAUUGUUAGGAAAUCAAGAUGGCGACUGGCUGGUCAAAAAUUACAACAGAAAACAACAACUUCGCACGGUUGUGUAAGUUGUUAAUCGAUGGAGGAACUCAUGUCCUUAGAGAGGUAUUUGAUGCCAGACAUCCACCUCAUGAUCUAAAUAGACAUCUAACGGAUCCUGCUAUCUACUCAAUCCUGUCUGACUUGUACCACAAAAGAAAAAUAUUGAAGGCAGAUCAGUGGGACAAAUUGUAUCCAAGUAUUGGAACUGUAACUUCGCAAAGUUUUGAUAUUACUCUUUUAAGUUUACUACUGAGGCAUACGUCUUUUUUACCGACACCUGCCAACGGCUGGGAUAAGGAGCCUGCUUCAACAAGCAUCAACCCAGAAGAUGAUAUCGUAAGGAUCAGACUGUUUCGUAAUAAAUUAAUACAUGUUCCUGGUGCGGCUUUAUCAGAUGCUGAUUUUACGAAAUACUGGGAUGACAUCUCAGCUGUGAUAAUUAGACUUUGUUGUGGAGAUAAAGCAGUUAUUAAGGCAGGCAUUGGUAAAUUGUCGGAAUCAUUUCAGCAAUCACUCAAACCACACGAAUUGGAAAGUAUAUGUAGAGCUUUCUUUAAUGAAAUGCCUAUGUUUGCUAAAUUGAUCAAUUCAAGAGGAAAGGACCUUCAGGAAGAUCACUUAUGUGCACCCAGUAAUGAAGAUAUUCAGAAAAAGCCAUCUGCCCUUUCUUUGAUGUUGAAUAGAAUGAAGAUCUUUGCAAAAACAUUUUGGAACAAAAAUGAUACUAUGCUUAUCUUUGUUAAACGUAUGACUGGAAAAACUAUAAUACUGAAAGUUGAACCAAGCGAAACCAUUGAGAAUGUUAAGACAAUGGUCCAAAACAAAGAAGGUGUUCCACCAGAUCAGCAGCGUCUUUUAUUUGAAGGGAAGCAGCUUGAAGAUGGCAGAACUCUCAGUGAGUAUAACAUUCAGAAGAUGUCAACACUUCAUCUUGUGUUAAGAGGAGGAAUUCAUAUCUUUGUUAGGAGCUUAGAAAGGACUAUCACCCUUGAAGUUGAACCCAGUAGCAUAAUUGAAGGUAUUAAGGCAGAGAUUCAUGUCGAAGAAGGCAUUGCACCAGACCAGCAGCGUCUUAUAUUUCAAGGGAAGCAGCUUGAAGAUGGCAAAAGUCUCAGUGACUAUAGCAUUGAAAAAGAGUCAACACUUCAACUUGCGUUAAGAUUGAGAGGAGGAAGAAUGCAGAUCUUUGUUAAGACCAUGACAGGAAAGAUCAUCACCCUUGACGUUGAACUCAGCAACACAAUUGAAGAUAUUAAGUCAAAGAUUCAAGACAGAGAAGGCAUCCCACCAGAUCAGCAGCUUCUUAUUUUCACAGGGAAGAAACUUGAAGAUGGUAGAACUCUCAGUGACUAUAACAUUGAAGAAGAGUCAUACCUUUUUUUAUUGUCAGUUUAUCAUAAUGGAAACUGCUGUAUCCCCCCAGAAUACUACAUUCAGUACUUACAAGAGUGGUUUGAUUUUGAGGAAGAUGAAAGUGAAAAGUAAUAACAGCCAUUAAGUGCUUUUACUCCCGCUAUAAGAUUUAAUAACCUGUGGAAAGGAAGUGCUUCUACUAUCUGAUAUAAACUAUUGAGGAUAAGAAAUACUUUAUUUGAACUGAACCUUAUAUACAACAUAUGAGAAAACAUUUUUCUACAUGUUGUACAACUCAGGAAAGAAACCGCAAUUAAUGAAACGAUUUGUUCCUGUUACUGAUGAAUCCACCAUAAACAUCACAAGUGCAGUAGAAAAGUAUACUUUUAGCUGCUUUUCAAAGCGAUUAGAAAGCAAAGGGAAAAAAAUAGAAUUAUCAUAAUAAUAAAUAAAGGGAAAAGGUGAUUGUCCUACAUCACAGCACAGGUACUGAAUUGCAAAAUGCAGCUCGACAAGCUCUCAAGUUGAAGUGCUAUAUUACAGAUACAUUUUACAUACACUUACACAUAGGAGUGCUGCCAGCUAGGCUCUUCCUUUACAUAGCACCAUCAAUAGUUCGUGGGGAACAGCAGAUAGAAAUGGUUCGUUUUUACUGAGGGAGGAAAAACUGCAAGAGACCCAGAAAAACCCUUUGAAGCAAGGGAGAGAACAAAUGUAUGGCAUUCCCACCGAGAUUCAAACAGGACCCACAGAGGUGACGGGCCAGCACUCUCACCACUCACUCGGCCACCACUUCUUUCCAAUUCCAUAUUCAUUGCAAUUUUUGUGGACAAUGAUCAGAUAAAAAAAUGUUCUGUCUGCCUGUCUAUUUUGAUCCCUAAAAAUUUAGAAAGUCAUCUUAUUAUAUAUAUAAAAAAAGAAUGAAUAUACAUUAAAAUAAAAUAAAAUAAGUAAUUAUAGUUAAAUAAAUUUCAAGAAUAUUUCAGUGAACUCAAUUGUUGAUUCAAUUAGUAUAUGCUGACUAAUCUGGUCGCUCUAAAUAUUUUGUAUAUUAGUGUUGUUAGCACUGACCCCCCUGUAAAUUCAGUAAUUAAUUGCGAGAGGUGUGAAUAAACAUGAUUGAUUGAUUGAU